AGAGACUGUGUUUGAUGCUCAAAAAAGUCCCUCUCUUGAUGCUAAAGACAAGCUUGAACUUGAUGAAAAGCAUUUGCAUUCAAGCUNAAGGGAAUAGAUUCAUUCAUAUCCCCUGGGGAAUUAACAAUGAGGGACCUCAGUUGUUUUUUAAGGCUCUUUCGACCUUUGUAGAGAGAGCUCUGCAUUUUGGCAAGGACAGGGGCAUUGGGAAAGAAACAGCAAAACCAAGUGAGGUUAAUGUCCUUGAAGUGAUUGCCGAAGGAGAGACUGUGUUUGAUGCUCAAAAAAGUCCCUCUCUUGAUGCUAAAGACAAGCUUGAACUUGAUGAAAAGCAUUUGCAUUCAAGCUUAUUUCUGAACACAUACAAAGGAGAGGCAAAUCCUGUCACACUCUCUGAUUCCCAUACUAACUUCUUGCCGGGAACAGAUCCUUCACAAGUGGAGUUACAACCAAAUCAAAUUGGAGAUUUUAAACUAGAUAAGCAGAAGAUUAACCCUAAUCUGAUUUCUUGCUUCAUUGAAACUGAUAAGCUGGAGGGGAACAAUUCUCCAGAAGAGGCUUCCCAACGAUAUAAUAUUCAAUACCCCCCACUACCAAGCGUGCUUUUAUCCCCAUUUGCUGCUGAAUUUAUCCCCUCAUUGCCCGACCCUUAUGCUGCUCUUUUUAAUCAUGUGGAAGACCUCGGGAGCUCACUCAAGAAUGAUGAAUUUGACAAGAUUAAUGAUGGGAACAAGGUACUCUGCAACAAUGCAUUAGAAGAAAUUAGGGAGGAUAGAGAAGGGCCUAUUCUAUACACGCACUCGGAAGGUGAAGACAAGGACCAGCAGUGCUUGAUGGAAAUUAUUGAGGCAAGAGGAGAGGAUAAUUUUUGGGUUCCUCAGUUGGGAAAACUGGAACUUUGCCUUUGCACACUCUUUCCUCUGCAAGCGUCUCAAAGCUCGUCCUUUGCGAAUUCUUCUUUCAGUGAGUCUGAUUUAACCACCGAGUCUUCCGACUGAACGGGUUUAUUACUAACCUUGUUCUUUUGGAUGAAGUCAACAAUGUCAUCUUUUGUUCUAUCACCUUCAUAUGGUAUUAUGUCACCAGUUGAAGAUAUGAAGUACAGGGUUGGGUACCCUUGAACCUCAAACUUUUGGGCAGGGACAUCAUUUGCAGUUGCAUCCUAGCAAAAAAAAGGAGGGGAGGGAAG